CGCUGGGAAACGUUUUUACAUCCCAUACGGCUUUCGCUAAUUACACCCAAAUGUCAUACUACCGAAUCUGACUUGCGAUUCCUAACAGUUCAUGCUUCUGUGGUUUCGCUUAGUAUAGAUAAUAUGUGAAGAGGCCAGGAAUAUCGGUGACCAUGAGAAACUUUGAGGGAACAAGGUGUCGUGGAUUACUUGCGAUAACCAUGCUUCUCACCGAGGAUAGGCGUCAGCCAGAUUGCGGCUUGAUAACCAUGGGACCCGUGUUGCGGAUUUGCAUUCCUGAAGCAUUCUCAAUCCUGCUGGUGUACCACCUUCCCGGUUGUACAUGGAAAUUCUUGAAAAGUUGGUUGGCAGCGGGGUUGGUAACCGUUCCUCAUUGGGCUUGAUACACAGCACUGUACUCCAGAAUACUCCGUCGGGGUGGUAUCAAAAUCUUCGUCAUGGCAAGC